CGAACAACGGUGUUUGUCCACCACGACUCCCUUUUUAAUUCAGAAAGGUCUCGCCCUGGACUUCUUUGUCGGUAUAUUACACUCUUCACCCCCUUUCCUGCCCAAACAAGCUGUUAAACUUCACUUUUGGAUGUAUCUCAUUGCUGUACUUGUUUUAUUCACUGAGGGGGCCAUGCAACGCCUGACCUUAUGCGAAUAUUUUCGGCUGCUUGGCCGAACCAACCUGAACUGUGCCGCACCGAGGUUGAGUGGGCAGUCAAUGGAAUUGCACUCAUUUCGAACUGUUACAACUUCAACCAUCCCUUCUUCUACUACAGAAAGCAAGCUUGCAAAAAUGAUUGCGAUAAUCGAAGAGAGAUUAGAAAAAAAGACAGCGCCAGACAAAAAGCCUGCACCACGAAGUCGAUGGCUUUUAUGUGAAACGCAGGAGUACAGGGACUGCAAGGCAGACAAGGAAUCAUGCUUGUCAGGAUACAGCUGCCGUUCACUGAGCACUGCUAGUGGAAGAUGUUGCGUGAGCUCAACGGCGAAAGUGAAAUUGCCAAAGAUACCCAUCAAGUGCCCGCCGCCAGAAGAGUUGGGCUACACAUGCACUUUUGGAAGCAAGAGAGUCCCAACAAGUUGGUGCCUAAGCGAUAGUGACUGCUCAGGCGCACCUGUGCGACUGUGUUGCAGUACAGGUUGUGGUUUCAACGCAUGCAUCCCUCCCUCGGGUCAUGUUAUUGACAUUGGAAUUCGAUCUAUAGAGAACGAACACUGUCCUCCAAACUAUCUUCUUAAUGUUCGCUGUCGGAUGAACAGCUUUCAAGUAACAAGCUGGUGCAAUACGGAUGAAGAGUGCCAGGGUAUAUCAGCUUCGAAGGUUUCGCAUUUUUGCUGUCCAACUCCGUGUGGUUACAACACGUGUGUCAGCAGCAACGGCUACGAGACAUACUUUGGUUAA